GAUACGAAAAAGUUAUCCGCAUCUUAUCUAGCGUCUAAUAUUUACAAGACUGUCCAAAGCAUCCAUUAUAUCACCAUAUCUUCGACAUCAAAACUGAAUUUUUAUUGCAUUCCAUAGCAUAAUGAAAUUCAAAAAGGCGCCAUACUGUUCUCUCGCCAGGGCAACUGUUUUUGAUUGAUUAGGAAAACAUCCGAAAUGAGCGCACUUCAUCGAACGGCCUUUUUAAAAUUCGGAAAGGAAUAAUAUUGGGUUCUUUUUUCUCGAAUUUCUGUAUUUUUGUAUUAAUUAAUAUUCUUAUUAAAUUUUAAAAUUUACAAAAAAUGCUUAAAUUUAAAAAGAUUUUGAGCAUAGGCCCAAUCCAGAAAUUUUAGUGUGAAUAUUUCUAAGAGCCAUUAAAUGAAAAUGAAGUAUUGAAAGAAUUAAAAAUAUAUGUCGUUUAAUAAAGAAAAAUAUUUUAAGUUCUGUUUAAAAAAAUGAUAUUUCAGCCAUUUUGACAAAGCAAAAUUCCACUUCUUUUAAGAAAAGCCCUGUGUUCAGUGAUAUUCAUCAUUUUAUUUGUAAACAAUCAUGGAAAAAGAAGCAAAACAUUUAAUUUUACAUGGAAUGGACUAAAAAUAUUCAGGUGAGCUAUGGACAGAUGUCCAGUCCCAUGGUCGGAUACUACCCCACCACCUCCCCUUCCCACUCCACCGCAACAGCGUACUCCUACCUCCACACAAGACGAUCCUUCCGUUGACGUAGGAGGUGGCUCUCCGCCUUCUCGUCGGACUUCCCCCAAUAGUCCGUCUGCCGGAAUACAGUCGGACACUAUCCAGCUUGCCUACUCGUCGGCCGUGGAGAAUCCGACCGAAGGGAUGACGGUGAUCCGUGGCCUCAAGUCCCUCAGCCCUGGCGAUCACAGUCCGGCUGCAGGAGAGCAGCUGGUCUACCAGACCCUCGGGGAUGGCAACGGAUUCAUGGGACAGUAUUAUCCGGGGAGCUUCAGCCCCAAUCCGCCGCCCCCAGUGGGUUCUCCGUCCGCCUACGAGAAGUACAGUUAUGUUAAGGUGCCUUGCUAUCAGACAGCGGACUUGCACAUGGUGUCAGGCUAUGAAAAUGAAGGUACCAGACCAAUAUCUCCAGGUAGUGUGGUCUACACAACAACUUUGCCGUAUCCAUCACAAGAAAUGAACCAUGCCAGCGCACCCCCUAUGUGGGGUGCCAACACCAACUCUGGGGCGUAUAUCACUGGACUUGGAAGCCCUAUUAUGGAAGCAAACGAUGUAGGUGCAAACGGCAGAAGCAGUUAUGGUGCCUACAUGGCAAAUCCUACCUACCUGUUGGCUUCCGGUAAUGAACCGGGAGGAUGGUCUACAUUACCACCGAUGUCUUCGGCUUAUCUACAAGAAGGCAGAAGAACGCAAUUCGUUGAUCCUCCUCCAGAAUAUAAUCGUAUUCCUGAACCACCGCAGCAUCAAUGUGCCAUGUGCGGCGCCACAGACAGUAAUCCUUGGAGGCGAGGGGACGCCGGCCAGUUCAUCUGCAACAAUUGCACACUAUACAAGAAUGGCGUGACUUCAAGGUCAGCGGCCGCCAUCAGACCUCCCAGGAGGCUGUCGAACACGAAUCUUUCGACAUUUCCUUCUCAAGAGACUACAAACUGCCUGUCUCAAUCUCUUCUGUCUUUGCCAAAUCUCUUCUUUGUAAAUACAAAAAUGACUACCAGUCGGAGGGUUGGAAUGACAUGUUCUAAUUGUUCAACAACAGAUACCACAUUGUGGAGGCGAAAUACACAAGGAGAGCCAGUCUGCAACGCUUGUGGUUUAUAUUACAAACUACAUCAGGUAAAUAGGCCUAUUUCGAUGAGAAAAGAUUCCAUACAGACCAGAAAAAGGAAGCCAAAAAGCACUGGAUCCUCAUCCAAAGGAAAAUCAUCUAGCGUCAAUUCCAGUAAUGGCAGGAAUGGUUCCUCCAGCAAAUCUCCCAUCAUUCCGUCGUCAUCUUCAGCUUAUCUUCCCCAGCUGGGCAUGGAUAGCGAGCUGGCCGAAGCCCAACACCACAGGUUGGUUCACUCGCCCCUCCUGCCUUCCUCGUCCGCCUUAUCUCAGCAGCUGCCUCAAUUUCCGCCCCUCGACUCACCCCAGAGCAGUGACAUCAUGCUUGAGAACGGCAUCGUUCUGGAAGGCCCCAACCCCAGCGUUAUCAGCCUAGCCCCCAACAACAAACAGCAGUGAUAACCUUUCAGGUCAGACGCACUUCCAGUUUUAACCAGCAAAUUCUCACGGCGAAUGUUCCAGACAGUCACCAACAUAAACACGGACUUUCUUGAGAAAUUAGAUUUGCACAAUUAUUCUAUUAGUGAAUGGAAGGGCAAGUGUGAUUUCAGCAGUAAUGGUUCAAAUAAUAUGAAGAAUUUCAAAUAAUCGCAACGGCACUUGUGAGCGAACCUAUCUUUGGAGCUCUGUGAAAUUAAAAAGCCUUUAUGUAGAAUAUUCAAACAUUCUUAAAUUGUUUUUUCCUAAUGCAUUUUUCUUCCAUCCAGAGAAAAAAAAAUAUAUACCAUGCCAUCCACCCUCUGUAUGAAAAAACAAUUCUUUACGAAAUCCAAAGUUCGAUGGAUAUUUUAACCAAUUAAAGAUAAUUAAAAAAAUCGAUUUAAAAUUGACAUUCAUUACGGUUUUUUUUUGUUGCUCUAAUUGUUUUUUUAUUCAGAUGUAGAAUCUGAAGAAAAAGAAAUUAGUGAGGAAACUACUAAGAAUACACCUCCCUUAUUUGGAAUAGUGGCCCAUAGUUUAAGAUAUUCUAGUGUAAAUCUAUUAUCUAAUUCUUUGAUUAUCAAUUAUCUAAUUACUUUGACUAUCAAUUAUCUAAUUACUUUGAUUAUUGAUUAUCUAAUUACUUAGAAAGAAAUUUCAUUGUUCUUCCAUUCAUUAUUCAAAAUAAAAAUCAAAUUCUGCAAUUUUCAAAAAUGAUUCACCCUUUUAUCAUUAUUAGUCAACUUUUUUAAUUAGUAAAGUUCUAGACGAAUUUCAUUGUAAAAAUGCGACACAAGGUACUUUUAAGAAAUUCUUUUAGAAUUCUUUCCUUCAUUAUUUUUUUUAUACUUUCAAGCUUCUAAGUUUUAAAUUUUUUAACAAAAACUUGUUCAAUUAAAAAAAUAUAUAUUUUUUUAGAAAUUUUAAUAAUUUUGAGGCAUUUAUUAGGUCCUAAGUUCUUAUGCCUAAUAUAUUUUCGUUUAUCUAUUGAUAUGCAUUCUAUAAAAAGUUUCAGAUUUAUAUUGAAUAUUUUCAUUGAAAAAUUAAGUAUUUCAUUUCCCCUUCAUAUUAAAGAUUUUGAAAUGAAACAUUUUGGGAAAGAAGGAACUUAUACUUUAUCAAGCCUAUUUUUAUUUUAACAUUUUUCAAUUACAUUUAACUAUACUAAUGCAGUUGGCAGCAAUGUUUUUGUUUUUAUGCAUUUUAAUAGUCAGUAAUUCUUAAAACUGUGUCUAUUCUACUAUGCCAAUUUAAAAUUAAUCAGAUUUAACCAGAUAUUAAUAAAUUUUUUUUAUUAAGACAUGAUAUAGCUACAUUCAAGCAUUACUAAAUGUUACAGAAUCAACAUUCUCAAGCUGAACGUUGCUUCCAUCGUGACUUUUUCAACUGUAUAUUUUCAAGUGUAAAUAAUUCGUAUCGAGUUUAUAGUUAGAAUGGACUUCAUGUACAAAUAUAUAAGUUUAUUUUAAUACUUAUUUUAAGAAUCCUUUAUGUAAGCAAUUCAAUUAUUCGGAUUUUAAAUGAUAAAAAGCAUUACGGGUUAUAUGCAUGGUGGUUUAAGAGCUUGUUGCAGUAAGAGGUCAAUCAUGACUUGAGCUUAAAAAUUUAAAUUAAGAUGGUUAUGCAUUGAAAAUUAUUAAAACGUUGCAUGACGAUUAAAGUCUCCUUUAGAAAAUACCAAAGAUAAAAUCGAGUCCUUUGAAGUCAUUUAACAAUUACAACCUGAAGGAAGCUUAUAUGUUUUGUUAAUCCAACAAAGUCAUUCAAAACUCGCUCAAGAAAUUACUAAUGCGUCCUUUCACAUCAUGACACAACCAUGGCCAGAUUAUUAAAUAGGCAAAGCAGGCAAUUGCCUAGGGCGCCACAACUUUAGGGGACUCCAAGUUCUUGAGAAUUUUCUUGCGAUGUUUUGAAUGUUAUUUUAUUUUGGGCUUUCAUUUAAUCGUAAAGGUCGUACAAUCGUAAAUUACAAAGGUCGUAAAUUACAAUUAAAACCACCCAUUGAUUAAAUUAAUUUCGAAACAUUAUUUUAGUAACGCUCUUAAUUACUAUUUGCAAGUUUUGUAUUAUACUGUUUUAUAAUUUAAAAAAAUAUGUUGCUUUAUAAAUUUAAAUUUUUAAAUAAAUAUUAUUAUUAAAUAUUUUUUAAAAAUGUAUUAAGAAAAACUUUUUUUAUUCUUGCUCAGUGUUUUAUUUAAAAUUACUAUUAAAUUUCCCGUCCUUCAUUUCUUCAUGCAAUGUAUGUUGAAAUCAACUCUUCAUGAAUUGAUCUGUAACUAAACAUUUUGAUAUUUCAAUUUGUCAAAAUUUGCUCUUAGUAUGUAUACUUGUAUAAAAUUAAAUUGAAAUAGAUAAAAAGUAUUCGAUUUUGAAAAUUUGGAAAGAAAAGGGAUUUUAAGAUUUGUAUCUCUCAGUUAUCCCUAAUAGGCUUAAUCCAGUCCUGGUCACAACUUGCUUUCGGUCUUUAAUAUCAUUACAUUUGAAAGGGAGAAAACUUCAAUUUCUUCCAUCCCCUCACUUAUAUGAUUUAAUGAUUUAAAUUAAAAAUUCCCUAACUCGGGGGUGAAGAGAUUAACAUGAAAAUAGGGCGUAAAAAUACGAAAAAAAAGACUAUAAAUUAAACUAGAACUUUCUUAUUUGCACCAAAAUAAAAAUGCAUAUUAUUUUAAUAACAAAAUCAGUUGCCACUUUUAAAAGAGGUAAUUUCUUAUAACGUAAGAAUUAAUAUAACAAUUCUUUAUAAACAAUUCUUUCAAGUUAUUUGAAAGUCCAAAACCGAAAUAAGGAAUAGGUUUUGAAUACUAAAAAUUAAACAAAUGCUAAUUGAAAUUAUAAUACAAGAAAAUAUGAAUACUUUGAAAUAAUGACUAAUACUAAAUUUAGUAAUAUAUGUUAAGUACCAAUCAGAAUUUGUCAGAUGAUGACACGAUUUAUUGCUUGCAUACGACUGAGCAAUUCUUUUUGUUACGAAUGUCCUUGGUUAUGUUCGCAGGGAUCUAAGUGUGAUUUCAUAUUAAACUGAAAAAUAUUUUUGUAUUUAAAUGCUCUCUAUGGAAAAAAAAAUACUAUUGUAUAAUUUGAUGUAUUCUGGAUCUGUAAAUUUAUUGUAAUCUGUAUCUGAGCACUAUUUCAUUUAUUGUAAAUAUUUAAUUAUACUGAUUGUAUUUUAAAUAAAAUGAAUGU